CCGUCCCCCAGUGCUGCUCAGCAGGCUUAGCCCGAAGCUCUCCAGGGGACAUCCCCAGCUUUCAGCCUGCAGCAGGGACGGGAAGGUCCUGGGGCAGGGAAGAGAAAGAAAAUAUACCUUGGGGAAAACACAAGCGAGGGGAACAUCCAGCUUGAGUGCCUGGCAGGGGAAAAGCACUCACGACCAGCGGGGAGAGGAGUCUGAACUUUCCUGUGCCAGAAGAGAGGACUCCGUACUUGAGGACAAAAGGAAAGUUGAGCCAGAGGAGAGCGUUUGCUCGGUGAAGGCUUGGGAGAAAAAGCUCCCGACCCUUGCCCUCCCUGCCCACAGAAAGCACUCCACUCCCUUCGCCCUAAAGGAGCACCCCUGGCACCAUGAACAUCUUCCGCAUCCUGGGGGACCUUUCCCACUUGCUGGCCAUCAUCAUCCUCCUGAUGAAGAUCUUUAAGUCCAAGUCCUGUGCUGGUAUCUCUGGGAAGAGUCAGAUUCUUUUUGCCCUCGUCUUCACAACCCGCUACCUGGACCUGUUCACAAGCUUCAUCUCUGUCUAUAACACUGUGAUGAAGGUCAUUUUUCUGCUGUGUGCCUAUGUCACUGUGUACAUGAUCUACGUGAGAUGCCGGAAGACGUUCGACAGCGAGAACGACUCCUUCCGCCUCGAGUUCCUGCUGGUCCCUGUCACAGGCCUGUCCUUCCUGGAGAACCACAGCUUCACUCCCUUGGAGAUACUCUGGACCUUCUCCAUCUACCUGGAGUCAGUGGCUAUCCUUCCUCAGCUCUUCAUGAUCAGCAAGACAGGGGAAGCAGAGACCAUCACCACACACUACCUUUUCUUCCUGGGCCUCUACCGCGCUCUCUACAUUGCCAACUGGGUCUGGCGCUACUACACAGAGAAUUUCUACGACCAGAUUGCUGUGGUUUCUGGGGUGGUACAAACCAUCUUCUACUGUGAUUUCUUCUACCUUUAUGUUACCAAAGUCCUAAAAGGAAAGAAGCUAAGUCUGCCCAUGCCUGUUUGAAGACAUUUUCACAGACAACACAAGGCACUCUGUAGAAGCUCUGAAGAUCACAGCUUUCCUCUCCUGGCCCUUUUUGACUAAUGAAUGGCACAGCAAAGUUCUACUCCAGUGCCACGAAGACAGUGAUACCUGGAAGGCUGAUAGCUUCUCACCCAGAUAAGACUUUCCCUCAAUUAUUUUUUCCCCUUACUUGAAUUUGGUGCUAGUAAGUAGUGCUGGCCAACACUGAAGUAGUUAAAAUUAAUCUCUCCUGGCUCUUCCCAACAUCUACCUCCAAAACACACCUCUACUUUGACCCUGAGGCAGCACAAGGAGUAUAAGGAACUAGUCACUACCUUCAGUCUUGUAACAAGUGCCCAUGGUAAUGUGGCAUUACUACAUCUGGUAACACAAGGGCUACUGACCCAUUUCACAUGUGGUCACUUCUGACACAGAAGAUGCUAUAAACUGUUACUCUAAGUCCCUCUGAGCUAACAGCCUCCUGAAAGUUAACUGCCUGACCCUCAGUCUGGUCAGGUCCUGUAAAAGUGACAUUCUUCCACUUUCAGUGACAGUUCCUCAUGUUCUACAAAUGGGGACCAUUUCAAGCACAAUUCAGAGCACGGCCAAAAAAUGUUUCCAACUCUUCUAAUUUGACUUUAAGAACUGGGAAGAACAGGGUCAGAGACAGUUUUACACUCUAAAAAUAAAGACAAAGUUCACAAUUUA